AUGUUAUCCCUUCGAGGCAUUACAGAGCACGAGACGUUUGAUCACCCAGUCGCUAUCAUGAUUGUUAUUUCGUCGACGAACCCUGAUCCUAUGGGAACCAUUACACAGCUAUACAACCCCAAUAUUCCGUCCUUUACAGUAGAUCGCCCUUACGUGGAUCCAAAUAUCUUACGAUAUUAUGUCUUACUACAUGAUCCUCACACCGCGUCCGAGAGCCAAGCACAAGAAACGUUCGAGAAAAUGCGCAAAACCUUGGGCCUGCAUUGCCAUUUACUCCGCAUCAAUUCCAAAGCACGUCCGCCUGAAACAGGACAUUUACUAGACGACACCGACGUACCAUCCGCUGAACACGACGCUGAUCCAGCCAUACGCGAAAUAUGGCAACAUCAACUUACCGAGUCGUACACAAUCGAAUCUCGAAUGCAAGCCUACGCUGCAGCCACUAAUUCAGGCAGCGUUGGUGUCUCUUCUUCAUCUUCAACAAAUGGCCUGGAUUCGCCUGCACUUUCAGGACACACACGUUCCAGUUCUGUUUCAUCCAACGUCAGCAGUCUACAGGGCAUUCCACCGCCUACCACGACGCUGCAAACAACGCCACUGGAAGUGGGCAACACGUCACUCGAGAACGAACAAUUACAGCAAGAACAACAAAAGCAACAUGAGCCCAUUUUGGAUGAAAGCACCGCGACUGUGACGAAACAGUAUGGUCGCUAUGUGACAGAUGACGACGUGAAUGCAUGUAAAGGAAUGGUCCGCGAAUUCGUGAUCCAAAGUAUGAUUCCGUUCAUGGAGCGCAAUAUUCAGCAUUGGAACGAGCAAGUGGCAUCUGCUAGACGCGGACUGACGGGUCGUCUGUUUGGAGCCAGUCGUCGAUUAUUUGGCUCGUCGUCUCGAACUCAAUCGACCCAUUCGCUGCAAACAAUUCCUGCUUCAGGACCGAACGUUCCUGCAGGGGUAACCCAAGUAACAAUAUACCCAUACAGUGCACCUGAGGCUCAGAUGCGAAAGCUGGCCGAUUAUGCAUUUAUGAUCCGCGACUACAAGUUUGCGCACACCAUUUACGAUACUGUUCGUCGAGAUUAUGCAACAGAUAAGGCAUAUAAGUACCACGCAGGCACCCAGGAAAUGAUUGGUAUCUGCCUCUUGAUGAUGAAUCAACACUUGCGCAGCAAAACAGACGUGGAUCGUAAUUUCGAACUCGCUGUACAACAAUUUUUGGGUCGAUGUCGAUCGCCUUUCCAAGCAACGCGUACAACAGUCAUGUACUACGAGUUACUGAAAGCACAUAGAAUGUGGAAAGAAGUGCCUACUGCGCUUGUCCGAAUGACAGGGGAAGACUCGGAUCUGAGAUCCGCUUUGUUUCUCGAACAAGCAGCACAUUGCUUUCUGCGGACGCCCAAGCCUAUGGUACGCAAAUACGGAUUCCAUGUGGUGAUGGCUGCUCAUCGAUACGGCAAGGCGUUGCAACGAGAACAUGCGCUGCGAUGUUACAAACUGGCUUCCUUGAUCUUUGAGGAUCAUACCUGGUCGAUUGCCAAGAGCCAUAUUCAGUUUGCGUUGGGACGUCAGUCUUUUCAUCUGGGCCAGCUUGAGGGAGCUGCCACAUACUUUGCGAAUGUGUUGGCAGAUGCCAAGCAGACUCCUCAACAGCAAGCUGCGCACGUGCGGGAAUUUAUGUUUAUCUAUCGACAAUAUACAAACUUGUCUGGCAUCGAUCCGUUGGAAGAAUCUUUACCUAAUCUUAGGCUACCGGUGUUUAAUGAUCAGCAUGUUCGAGUGAGCCUUUCAAAUGCACAGGCAAACAAUACAGAUAAUCAGGAAGAUUGGGCAGCAAUGGAACGCGAAUUGCUAGAGCAGAACAUUGCAAAGGGUUUCAUUUAUGGAUCUAAAAAGGCACUGGCUCUACAACAGCAACAUGAUAACCGUGUUAUUUGUGCAAUCGGAGAGCCGACCAUUGUUCAUAUCGAGGUAUCCAAUCCCUUACAAAUUGCUAUCCAACUGAACAAUAUUGUGCUGGGUUGCGAACACCGCGAAUCGAUCAAACCAUUUAAUGAGAAACGUGAUCCUGAAGCAGAAGCUUACGACACAAUGGUACACGGGACAUCCAUUGACAAUUCUAAUGACAUGUACAGUUUCGGUCCGUAUGAACUCCAGCAAAUCAACGAAAUCACGUUGGAACCAAUGGAAAAGCGAUGGAUCAAUCUUGCCAUCAUUCCACGUAAAGAAGGUUCUAUCCUUGUCAAGGGUGUACAUUACACAUUAAACGGCCUCGUCCACCGAUUCCACCCUAUCGUUAAAAAAGGAAAACGUUUAAAUGAUACACUAGAAAACCGAAGAUCGGUUGUCUACGGUCAAGAUCAUACACUAGACAUUAUGGUGACAUCCCCGAUGCCAUUAUUGGAUCUACAAUUCCAUAAUGUGCCUGAAACGAUUUUGUCAGGCGAAGUGGUUCAGACAGUGCUGGAAAUCAACAACAAGGGUAACAAAGGAUUGACAGCAUUACGGUUAAAGUCGAGUCACCCAAGCUUUAUUUGUAUUGGCAAUCCAGAGGAAAUGGACAAGCAAAUCUAUGGAGGGAAUGACGGAAAAAGCGAGAAAUUUGCUUUGGACAACAAAUUGUAUGAUCCAAGCGUCGUGUCUGUGUCAUUGCCAAAGAAAGAAGGAGGCAGUGAUGUGGGUGUUGUCAAUUCGGGACAGACAACGCUUGUACCACUAUGGAUUCGCGGCGAUCGGAUUGGCAAGCAUACAUUUAAAUUCUUGUUCUCUUAUCAGUCUGAGGAGGAUGAUGCUGCCAUUGCUCAUCGCACCAUGCGAUACACGUUAAACGUCCAAGUGCUACCUUCCUUGAAAAUCAAUGCCUUUACCCGUCCGAGCGCCGCGACAGUGAACGAGUACAUCCUCGGCAUAGAAAUCGAGAAUCUGCAGACAGUGGCUGGAUUCCAGCUUACUCAGCUUAAUGCAGCAAGUCCUAUAUGGUCGAUCGUCCCACUCAGCAUAUGUACCGAUUCAAAGCAAGACGUCGAAGCAAAGACGGCUAUACCUCCUCGACAAACCACUUUCGCAUACUACAAAGUUUCCAAACUACAAGACGUAAGCGAGGGGGCCAAGCCGGCAGCACUGAAUAUUACAAAACUGGUCUUUGUAAGUUUGUGUUUUCAUCUAUCUCUUCUCGACAACACGUACCCCUAG